AUGAUCUAUUUUAUUUUUUUACAAGUAGUUAUGGUUUUAGUUUCAGUUGCUUUUUUAACACUAUUAGAACGAAAGAUUUUGGGUUACAUUCAGUUACGUAAGGGUCCAAAUAAAGUCGGCUUUCUUGGGAUCCUACAACCUUUUUCUGAUGGGGUCAAAUUAUUUUGUAAGGAAGUCUCACUUCCUCUUGUCUCCAAUUUCAUACCGUACCUCGUUGCUCCUGUGUUCAGUCUAUUCCUUUCCUUUUUCUUAUGAACUCUAGUCCCAUUUAUCUCUUACGGUGCAAAAUUCAAUUUAUCAUUCCUAUUAGUUAUCUGUGCAAUGAGAGUGAGAGUAUACAGAAUUAUGGUUGCAGGCUGGUCCUCUAACUCUAAGUAUUCUUUGCUAGGAAGAAUUCGCGCAGGGGCACAGACCAUCUCCUAUGAGGUAUCUUUGAUUAUUAUCAUCCUUUCUCCUUUAAUGUUAUUUAAAAAGCUCGAUCUAGAAGGGUACCUAGUGAAAUCCUCUUACGUAGGGUGACCUUUAUACCUAUGUCUCCCUCUAGGAUUGUGCUGAUUUAUCACAAUUCUGGCAGAGACUAAUCGAACACCCUUCGAUCUAGCUGAGGGUGAAUCCGAGUUAGUGUCGGGUUUCAAUACAGAAUACAUAGGAGUCGGUUUCGCUCUAAUUAUAUUAUCAGAAUACGCUAGCAUUCUUUUCAUAUCUCUACUAUUUAGUGUAGUAUUCGGGUCUAUAAGCUUCCUCAUAUUUUGUUUAGUGGUGUACUCCUAUCUAUGGAGACGCGGCUCUUAUCCCCGCUAUCGUUAUGAUAACCUGAUACAUUUAUGCUGGAAAAGUCUUUUACCUACAUCUUUAAUAUUCCUGUGUUUUUACUGAAGCCUUUCUCAAGGGGGUUAAAAAUAAAGACCCCUGGUUGUAUAAUCAACCUUAUUC